CGCAGCCUGCCGGAGCAGACGCUAUCACUUCGCCUUCUCUCCCCAUCAGCAAAAGUUUUUUCUUAUUAUCGUUUGGUGUUUUCACUUCGCUGCUGCUUCGUCUCAACUUCGGUUCGCUUUCUAUCAAAUCCACUCCAGACGUCAACAGUUCUAACUCAAGGCACGCGUACAACAAUAAAAAACAAAACAAAGAAACAGCACAUAAUAUAUAUAUAUAAAAAGGAAUUCUUUUUUUCAUCCACCACUUGUGUCUGGCCCACCGUCGUUUCUUAGCAGACGAUAAAUGCGAUCAUGUAGAGAUUACGGAGUUCUUACGCGCUUUUAACUUCGAGUUCCAAAUUAUUCUUCGAUUUUGAUAUUGCUUUCGACAGCGGAUGAGGCGGAGUGUUUCGUAUGUUCGAAAUGCACAGCUAACGUCUAAAGAAAAACAAAACUCACUUUCUUCUGUUUUGAAAAGGUGAAGCCACCACAAUAUGCUAUGUUGGAGAAGCGAUUUAACAAUGUUCGUGACAAUAUUCCGGCUGUGGACGAUCAUUGUGAUUUUCUUGACAGUUCUCUUCGAAAUCUGUAGUGCCGACGAGAACGAUGGAAACACGCCGAAGGUGUACACGGACCAGUUUGUGAUCAAAGUUGAAGGGGGAACAGAAGUUGCAAAGGAACUAGCCCGGAAACAUGGAUUUAUAUAUCUUGCAAAGAUUUUUGAUGAUUAUCAUCAUGUCCGGCAUCGACGGUUGGCAAAAAGGUCAUUACGGAGAAGUGACGAACAUCAUAUAGCAUUAUCUAAUGAAAAACAGGUUAAGUGGUUUUCUCAGCAAGAACUAAAGCGGAGAGUGAAACGAGAUUUUUUAGAAAUCAGUGAUCCAGCGGAAAGCGGGCCCAAAAUCAGUUUGAAUGAUCCAAGAUGGCCUCAGAUGUGGUAUUUGAACCGUGGGGAAGGUUUAGAUAUGAAUGUGCAAGAUGCGUGGGCUCAAGGUGUGACCGGAAAAGGCAUUGUUGUGACCAUUUUAGACGACGGGCUAGAAAAAGAUCAUCCAGAUAUUUCGAAGAACUAUGAUAGAGACGCCAGUUAUGAUGUGAAUAAUCACGAUGGAGAUCCUCAACCAAGAUAUGAUAUUAUUGAUUCAAAUAGGCAUGGCACGAGAUGCGCUGGUGAAGUGGCGGCUAAUGCAAAUAACAGCAUUUGUUCUGUCGGUGUAGCAUACGAUGCCUUGGUGGGCGGUGUGCGGAUGCUAGACGGCGAUGUUACUGACGCAGUUGAAGCCCAGUCUUUAAGUUUGAAUCCUGAGCACAUAGAUAUUUAUAGUGCUUCGUGGGGUCCUGAUGACGACGGGAAAACUGUAGAUGGUCCUGGUCCUCUGGCUUCUACCGCCUUCAAGGAAGGAAUUCUCAAGGGUCGCAAUGGCCUUGGUUCCAUUUUCGUGUGGGCAUCUGGGAAUGGUGGUCGUGAACAUGACAACUGUAACUGCGACGGAUACACCAAUUCCAUGUGGACCCUGUCCAUCAGCAGUGCCACUGAAAAUGGACUAGUUCCGUGGUACAGUGAAGCCUGUUCUUCUACGUUAGCUACUACAUACAGCAGCGGAUCUAAUGGUGAAAGACAAAUUGUUACUACUGAUCUUCAUCAUGGUUGCACUUCCACUCAUACAGGAACAUCAGCAUCAGCUCCAUUAGCAGCAGGAAUUUGUGCUUUGGCACUGGAAGCGAAUAAGCGACUUUCUUGGAGAGACAUGCAACACAUUGUGGUUCGAACAGCAAGAAUGGCUAAUUUACGGGCCAAAGACUGGAGCACCAACGGAGUCGGGCGUAAUGUAAGUCAUUCAUUCGGAUAUGGUUUGAUGGAUGCUGGAGCUAUGGUCAGGUUAGCAAAAAGAUGGAAUCCUGUUCCAGUUCAAAAGUUGUGCGAAAUACGGUCAAACCAAGCUGAUAAAUUAAUUCCUGCCAAGAGUCAUGUAGAGCUCAGCUUGUAUGUUCGUUGCGAGCAUGUUCGGUACUUAGAACACGUGCAAGCAAAGUUGACCUUAACCGCUUCGAGAAGAGGGGACAUUCAUAUCUAUCUUACUUCACCAAUGGGAACGAGAUCAACGCUUUUAGCUCAACGUCCCAUCGAUGGCUCCAGAGCUGGAUUUCAGGCUUGGCCUUUCAUGACAGUCCACACAUGGGGCGAAAAUCCAGAUGGCAUAUGGAAGCUGGAAGUGCACAAUGAAGGUCGCUUUUAUGGACGAGCCACACUAAAAGAAUGGUACUUGCAUUUAUAUGGAACAACAGAAGAUCCUGAUUCUCCACCUCCUAGUACUCCUUCCACAACAACAACCACAACCACUACAGCUGCAACUACUCCAGAACCAACAUCACCUAAACCGAAACCAACGACUACAAAGCCACGGAACACAAAACUUAAAGCAACUCCUUGGGUCAAACCUACAUCUCAGUAUUAUCCUCUGACUACCGCUAAACUGCAGGUGUACCCUCUGGAUGAAGAAUCCAUGAAAUCGGAUGGACUGAAUGAUUUGUUGCACUCCAACCAUAAACUAGAGAAGCAAGACACAGAAUGUCCCAAAGGCCAAUUCUUCUACCAAGGCAUGUGUGUUCUUCAGUGCCCAUCAGGUUAUUAUGGCAGUGCUGUUGGAAAUUACCGAAGUACCCAAGAACUCACUACUUCCGCCUGUCUACCUUGUCAUUACAGUUGCAUCGAAUGUCACGGACCUAAUGAUUACCAGUGUGUUCUAUGUCACGAAGAUGCACUUCUUGUCGAUGGCUAUUGUGAACCCAAGGCAAUGGUGGAUGAAGUCCGCUCCUUCGCAGCAUGGAAUGAUGUCGUGGUUGGCGUCUUCACUGCUCUUUGUUUUGUCACCAUCGCUCUCACAAUUUAUGUUGUCGUUGCUCUUUGGCCACCGCCUUGCGUGAGGAGCAACAAGACUGGAGAAUACGUAUGCGUGGAGCAAGGUCCAUCGCCAAAUCAAACCGAUUCCUCUGCGUCGUUCUUGUCGAAACCAUCGCCAAAUAACGCGACGAAUAAUGUGAUACCAUAUUACGAUAGCGACGAAGAGCUUUAAGAUUUUGUUCGAGUGCUCCUCUCCAUGGGUCUUAUUUAUUGAUGCCAAGAGGAAUGCCAGUGUCUCACCAACUUUCCAGAAACAUUGAUGGGUAGUUGGAAUGAUAUGGAAGGUUCUUUGCCAUUUUAGUUAAGCUAGCUGUUGUUAAGCAACUUAAUGUAAAUAAGAGAAGUUUAUGUGAUUCAUAUUGUAUCACUGUUGCGGUAUAACUGCCAUAUUUCCACCAACACGGACCCCUUUUUUUAUAAUGUUUUGAAUUUGUUAGCUUAAAGUUAUACUUAGCCAUUUGUCUGUAUUAAGGACACCAGGGAGCCUUAUUGCUGAAUUAUAAAAUACAGUUACACAUUAUGCUUCAAAAUGAUGCUUUUCAUUGGCUUAAAACCUUGAUAUUUGUUGUAAUCUGUAUUAUAAUUGUCUGUAGACUUAGUUGAGUUUAAUAAUAGUGAAAUAUUUCUUUUCUUUUUUUUUUACAAUAGUAUUGAUCGCUACUAUCUGAUUGAUUUUGGUAUCGCUGUCUCAAGAAAAUAAUACCCUUUCGAAAUAGAUUGUUGUUUCUGAAGACGCUAUCUAUAAUUAAAAAAACCCCCUAUUCUCCUCUUCUUUAUAUAAAAACGUGUUCUGAUCCAUACUCUUUUAUUUCAUAAAUAUGGUGCUAAUAUUACAUAAUAUAAAUAGAAUACGUAUUAAUAAGAGGUUAAACUAAAUUCUACUUAGUUGCUGUAACUUGUAACUGAAUCAGUUGCAACCAGUUCCAUUCUUCCAAAACAAUUUGAAAAAAAAAGAAGAAUUUGACUAUAAUUUAUGUCAAAUUUCUUUUUACUAUCUUUUCAGGUCUUAUUUUAUACCCACAUUUUCUUCGUUAUUCUUCAUUUCUUUAUACGUAUAGAAUAUACAAAAAUGAAAUGAGUUGUUAGAAAUAAGUAUGAGUUAUUCAAAGCAUUGAUGAUACAGAAUACGAGCACUUGCAGCUACAUUCACAUUGUUGACAUAUUUAUAGGCAGUUCCUAAGUUUCACGUUUAUAGCUAUUUUUUUGUUGGUGGUAUUUGUUAAAAGUAUAAUUUAAGCUUUUUCUCAACGUUGAGUACAUGUUAUGCUUUAAAAUGGUCAUACAUUUUGAAAGCAGUUAUAUUUUUUUGUUUUCUUUUGUUAAGUUAAAACCAGAAGACCUACCGAAUAUAGAGUUUUUACAUUCAUAAUAGACUUACUGUCUAUUUAUGCGAUAGAAAAUGAUAAUUUUUUUUUUAAUCAUUUUCCCUACUUUUGAAGGCUUUACGGCGAAAAUGGAAGGAAGCAUACAUUUUUUUUCAAAAAGCUUACACUAUUUACUUCAGUAUGUAUGUAUCACGGUUAUGGAUUUCUGAUAUUAGCUUACUCAAACUUUUCUGGAUGUCUGCAAUGCCAUCUGUUAGCGGAAAACUCAAUGAAAAUUUUGGUUUGCUCAGGUUUUUAUUUUAAAUUAAUAAUAAAUGUGUUUGAUAAAUCUGCUGCUUUCUGGGACAUGUUCUUGAGGUUAAAUAUUGCAAAUUCCGAGAAAUAACUCUCAUUUAACAAUGCUUAUUUUCUUCUUCCUUCAGUUAAUUGAUUUUUUUAAAUGCGUAAAUAAAAAAAAAAACACGAUGGGGAGAUAAGAGAUAGAAUGAUAUUCUUUUAUGUGGUGAUGAGAAACUAUACAUCAUAUCAUAUUCAUACACUUAUAUAUUUGUAAGUAUUCUACAAACUAAAUAUUUCAUAACUAAAAAUAUUACUAUUUUCAGCUCCUAAAGCUUAGAAAAAAUAUUAAUAAAAUUUUAAAAUUAUUUGGAAUUCAGUAUAUUAAGCCGAAUUCGUUACAUUUAUAAAGAAUAUUCUCUGUAAACAAGAAAUUAUUUUUAGUCACUCGUCAAAAAUUAAAUACAUUUCUUUAACGAAACUAAAAUGUCUAAAAGUUGUACUUUUAUUGGAAUAAUUUUCCUACCAUUCCGUAUCUCUACUUAUUUAAAAUAGAGUAUUGAGUCCAUGAAACUUAUUAGUUUAGUUUCUUAUGAAUUCGGUGACAUUCCUAGCAUAAUUUGAUAUAAUACCGAUGCAGCUUAUUAAAUAAGUAGUCAUAUCUACUUGAAUACAUUCACAACUAAAAGUAAAAUAAAGUAAAGUAAAUACAAUUAAAAUCGGAACUAGCAUGAUUGGUGGCAGUGGAGACAAUUCAUAUGACAAUUAAUUGUAUUUGCCAACUCACAUCUUAUUUGUUUUAUUUGUGCUGUCAUAACAUUUUCUAUCUUUUGUUCUAAGAUGUGAAAUGGACUCCAACAAUAAAUUAGUAAAAUACAUUUGGCGAUUGUCACACGAACAUGAAUUGCUUUCCUUCACUAAGCAAUUAUUAAUUAUUUCCAGUAAAUAUUAUAAAUUUAAACUUUUUAUAGUUUAGACAAUACCCAGCCUUUCAAGAAGACAAUACUUUUGUCUUUUAAUGGAAAUUACAAUUGAAGAUAACAAAAAAAUAUUUUAAUUGAAAGUUAAUAUUUUAUUCAUUAAAUGGAAUGAAAACGCAGUUAUAUCUUAUCAUUAAAAACAUAUCUGGAAAAACGUAUCAAUAUUAGAUCUUGUUGUGAUGAAUAAUAUAUAAUUAUAUUUUACACUUAUAUUAUUGAUAUUUCCUUCGAUACACAACUACAUCUUAACUGUUACGAGUUGAUGGAUUGUACGUAAGAAUUGCGUGAUAUCAGACAAGUCUAUUUUAAUACUUCAGGUGAGGGAAUGGCGUGCUAAAUUUGGCAGCUCUUCUUUUCUUCAUAGCAUUCAAUGUAAGAUAUAUCAAUUAUUAGAAGUAGAAAAAAAAAGAAAAAUAAUAAUAGUAUGCUGAGUUCAAAUAAUUGUUUUUAUCAUAAUUCUAUUUUUUUUUUUUUUGGCGACUCGCAUUUUACUUCACACUUUUCUCCCUCUUGGCAAAUGCACUCGUCUGCCUAAAGUCGAAGGUCAGCCACCAAUUUUUCAGCGUCAUGAUAUAUAUAACAAUUUAUGCUCCUUCAUAUACCUAUGAAUAUGUAAUGCAAUCUUUCUUGUAUUUUUUGUUGAACUUACAGAUACUGUAAUUAUUAUGCUAUUAUACAUUUUUUUGAUGUAAUUUGGUGUAAAUACUUCAUUAUCAUGUAAUUUGCACUAAUUUUUGAUUUGAGCGUCAAAAGCUCAUUGUUGGAAAUCAUUUAAAAAGAAUCAGUAUUUGAUAUUUUGUAAUAUUAUUUACUAAAUGUGUUCUCAUCACAAAUAAAUCUGUUUUCUAUGGCAAUGUUUGAAAGUUAUUCAACAAACAAAAGUAAUGAUGUUCAUUAUAUGUAUGUUAUGACUUAAUGUUUAAGAAUAAAACAAUAUAAACAAAAAUAA